AUGGCGUGGGACAGCAAUAUUCCACCAAUUGUUACUGAAGUAUUGACUGGUCUGUUUAUCUUCCAGCUGGCAGGAUUGGCUGUCAUUGCCUUUGGUCUAUGGCUGCGGUUUGGUGGGGUUAUGGCAGACUUUGCUUCAGACAAAAAGUCUCCAGAGUAUUUCUUCAUGGGAUUCUAUGUAUUGGUGGGAGCAGGGGCUCUCAUGACCACAGUUGGAUUUUUUGGGUGCUGUGGAGCAGCGCGGGAAUCUCAGUGCUUACUUGGAGCAUUCUUUGCUUGCUUGUUGGUGAUAUUUGCAGCUGAGGUCACUGCUGGAGUGUUUGCCUUUAUAGGCAAGAAAGUGGCAAUACAGGAAGCCCAGAAAAUCUAUGAAGACAUUUAUGAUGACUAUAUGAAAAACCCAGGGGGGAAGGUCAACAGGACUAUCUAUCACUACCACUUGGCUCUCCAAUGCUGUGGUAAAGAUAAUAUGGAACAACAAAUGGGAUUACCCUGUCCAGAGAAUAUCCAGAUGCCAAAGAACUGCCUGGUUGAAAUCCAGAAUGUAAUUGAUGCUAAUCUGCAUUUAGUUGGAAUUGUUGGAAUUGCAAUUGCUGGCAUCACAAUCUUUGGCAUGAUAUUCAGCAUGGUUCUGUGCUGUGUGAUCCGUAACACAAGAGACAUGAUCUAAAACUUUCACUGCACAACUAUGUCCCAGGAGUUCCAGACUAAGCUUUACAAGAAGUGCUCUUCUACCCAAUUUAAUAAUUGUAAUGCAUUUUAAUUAGUGUUUUAACAUACUGAGAGGAAAAUAUCCCAUUAGGUGAGCAGGUGAAUUGUAUUAGUGACAGUAAAACCAAAGUGAACAAAAAAGGGUUUUAAAAUGUCCUUUUUAAUGAAAAAAGCAAAGGUGUAUUUAAGACUAAUUUGAUUUUUAAUGUUUGUAUCUGUGCAAGUAAGAGUUUACACAUCUAUAGAUAUUGUGUAAGCACAUGCAUAUCUCUCCUUACAAAUAUAUAUGCACAUGAGCAGGUACAUGUAUAUGCAGUACCUUGUUUAGGUAAGUAUGUGCAAAUGGAAUAUGUUGUGUGUGCAUGUUUGCAUGCAUAUUCUUCCAGAGUCUCACUAUGCAAGAGUGUACACACACCAAUAAGUAUACAGUGCUUGAAACCCUUUCAUAUUGAGCCCCUGUUUGCCAAGAAUUAGCAGAGGAACAAAUGCCAUUUUAAAAAGUAAGACCUA